AUGCUAGACAUUGUGAACACAAUGUUAUCCAAAAAUCCCAAGAUGAUCAAAGAAGUGGACGCACUUGGGUGGACGCCCUUACACUACGCAGCGUUUUGGGGAAACCUUGAAGCAACUCGAUUGUUGAUGCAAUGUGAUAGCUCUGCUGCUUACCUCUUGGACAAAUCUGGAUUAUUGUCAGCUCUCCACGUCGCCGCCUAUGUAGGACGUGCCAUAGUUUUGGAAGUGAUGAUUCGAUGUCGGCCCGAUGCAUGUGAUUUGCUGAAUGCCAAAGGCCAAACGAUUCUGCACGCUACCGUUUUAGGUGGACAAAUAAAUGUUGUUGAGUUCAUAUUGCAGACGAAUAAGCUUGAUGGGCUUAUAAACGACGCAGAUAAAGAUGGCAACACUCCUUUGCAUCUCGCUGCAGCUUACCCUCAUUUGGAAAUUGUUGAACUCUUGGCAUCCGAUCAUAGAGUUGAUAAGACUGCAAUCAAUAAAAAUUUCUCGAAGACAGCCGAUAUUUUUCUUGGAGAUAGUUUUGGACGGGAUGCCUUCAAUAGUCCGCUUUUGUUCAACCUGGGACGCUCUAGUGGUGUCCCAUUUUUCCAGCAACAAAUCGGACCGAUUCUGGACAAAAGAAACUGGAUUGAUUCUAACUGA